AUGGCCUCGCUGCUGUCCCUGCAGGAGGAGAACCGCAUCCUGCAGCAGGAGCUGUCGCGCGUGGAGGACCUGCUGGCGCAGAGCCGCGCCGAGCGCGAUGAGCUGGCCAUCAAGUACAGCGCCCUCAGCCAGCGGCUGGAGCAGAGCCUGCGGCUGGAGGCAGGCGAGCAGGAGGCGGCGGAGAGCCGGAGCCUGGCGCAGCACAACAUCGAACUGCGGCGGCUGCUGGAGGAGGAGCAAGCUGCCUACAAGCGCAAGCUGCAGGCCUACCAGGAGGGCCAGCAGCGCCAGGCUCAGCUGGUGCAGAAGCUCCAGGCCAAGGUGUUGCAGUACAAGAAGAAAUGCGGCGAGGUGGAGCAGCAGCUGCUGGAGAAGGAGACGGAGCUGGAGCAGGAGAGGCUGACGGGCCAGCUGGAUGUGAGCAUCUCGCAGCCUGAUGAGGAGGGCAGCAACGAGCUGGAGAAUGCCCUGAUCCGGCUGGAGGAGGAGCAGCAGAGGAGCAGCAGCCUGGUGCAGGUGAACUCGAUGCUGAGGGAGCAGCUGGAGCAAGCCAACGUGGCCAACGCGGCGCUGAGCGAGGACAUUCGCAAGCUGACCGCGGACUGGGCGCGGGCCCGCGACGAGCUGCAGCAGAGAGAAGUGGAGUGGAGGCGUGAGGAGGAGUCCUUCAACACCUACUUCAGCAACGAGCACAGCCGGCUGCUGACGCUCUGGCGGCAGGUGGUGGCCUUCAGGCGGCACUUCGGCGAGGUGAAAGCCAGCACCGAGAGGGACCUGUCGGAGCUGAGCCACGAGGCGUCGCGGGCCGGCAGGGCUGCCCACGCCGCCUGCCUGCACCUGGCUGCCAACCUGCGGCUGGCGGAGAGCCAGGCGGCAGCCGCGACGGAGCAGCAGAAGCUGCGGCUGGCACGGCUGGAGGAGAGGGCACAGGAUGCUGACCGGGAGAAAGCUGCCCUCGGAGCCAGGUUGGCAGAGCUGGUGGUGGCCCUGGAGCGGCUGCGGGGUGAGGAUGAGGAGAAGGAGCGGACGGUGGAGACUCUGAGGCUGCAGCUGCAGCAGCUGGAGGCCUCACGUGCCCAGGACCCAGCACCGGCUGAGGUGAAGGCUCUGCGCUCGGAGCUGGAGCUGCUCCGUCAGACGCUGCAGGACAUCACCCAGGCAGUGCUGGCUGAGGACCCUGAGCAGCCUCCCCCAGCGUCCCCUCCGUGUCCCCCCACGUCCCCUCAGCGCAGCCUCACCGCCGUCCACGCUGCCCUGCGCCGCCGCCGCCUGCAGCUCAAUCAGCCAAGGAACACCAGGGAUGCCCGGAGCCAGGCAGAUGCCAGCCGGGAGCUGGCCGAGGGCCUCCAGCAGGAGCUUGGGGACAGCAAGCAGCAGCUGGGGACCCUGGAGCGGAGGCUGCAGGAGCUCAGCGCCGAGGCCGAAGGCUGCCGGCGGGCGCAGGAUGAGGCCCUGUGCGAGGUGGCUCAGCUGCGGGUGGAGGCUGAGGGCCUGCGCAGGGAGCAGCUGCGGGCAGAGGCGGCGCUGGCAGCGGAGCAGCAGCGUGCAGGUGCCCUGCAGCAGGAGCGGGCACAGCUGCAGCGCCAGGGCGAGGGGCUGGAGGAUGCCUGCGCCGAGGCCGCCCGCAACGCCGAGGCCGCCCGCCAGCAGCUGCAGCACAGCCAGCAGCAGGUGGAGGAGCUGGAGGCGCAGAGGGCUGCGGCGCAGCAGGAGCUGCUGGAGGCGCGGGAGGCGCUGAGCAGGGCGGCGCUGGAGGCCGAGGUGGCUCGGGGGGAGCAGGAGGCUCUGGCUGAGGCGCUGGCAAAGGCGCAGGGGAGCUGCGGGGAGCUGGCGGCGGCGCAGAGGGCGGCGGCGGCCGAGGAGGGUCGGCUGCGGGACGCCCUGGCCAAGACCAGCGAGCUGGCGGCAGGGCUGGCCCGGGACAAGGCGGAGCUGAGCCGCAGCCUGGCGCGGCUGGAGGAGGAGCGGGAGCGCGGCCGCGGCCGCACUCGGCAGCUGCUGCAGGAGCUGGGCCGGCUCCGGGCGUGCCUGGAGCGGGGCCGCGGCCGCGGCGCUGCGGAGCUGCAGGGGCUGGAGAGGGCUCGCAGGGCGGCCGAGGAGGGCAGGCAGGGGCUGCGCGCAGAGCUGCGGGAGCUGCACGGCCAGCACCAGCGCCUGCGCCAGCACCUGCGGCAGGCGGUGCAGGAGCAGGGCGCGGCGGGCGAGGCGCUGGCGCAGGUGCGGGCGGAGCAGGAGCGGCUGCGGGGGGAGCUGCAGCGGCUGAGCAGUGCCCGCCAGGGGCUGGCCAGGGAAGGUGCCAGCCUGGCCGUCCAGCUCGCCGCCGCCCAGCGCCACGGCCAGGACCAGGCCCAGGAGGCGGCCGCGCUCAGGUCGGAGAAGGAGGGCCUGGAGGGCAGCAUCUUCCAGCUGCAGCAGCAGGUGGCCCAGCUCGAUGCCCGCAACCGGCAGCUGGAGGCUGAGGGCCGGAGCCAGCUUCAGGCCAAGGAGGCGCUGGAGGGGGAGCUGGCCGCGGCGCGGCAGCAGCAGGAGCGGGAGCGGCAGGGGGCGCUGCAGGCGCGGCGGCAGGCGGUGGCGGCGGCGGAGGCGGCGGCGGUGGCCGUGACCCUGCAGAGCGCCCGCGACAGCCACCGCCGGGAGCUGGGCAGCCUCCAGCGGCAGAAGGAGGAGCUGGAGGCCGAGCGGGGCCGGCUGGCGCUGGAGCAGGAGGCGCUGGCGGCGGAGCUGGCGGCGCUGCGGCGGCAGCGGGAGAGCGAGAAGCAGCAGGCCCUGGCGCUGCAGGAGGAGGAGCGAGCGGCCACGGCCCAGGCGCUGGCAGGGCUGCAGCGCAGCCUGGCCCAGGCCACGGCCGAGCUGGAGCAGCGGCGGCGAGAGGCUGCUGGGCACCAGGAGAAGGAGCAGAGCCUGGCGGCAGAGCUGCGCAGCCUGCGGCUGCAGGUGCAGGAGGCAGCAGCGCUGCAGGAGCAGGAGGCCAAGGCCCUGCGGGACCAGGCUGCGGCGGUGGCCCAGCAGCGGGACAGUGCCCUGCGGGAGGCGGAGGCGGCUCGGGCGCAGCUGGCGGCGGGGCGCAGGGAGGUGCUGGAGGCGCAGCGGGAGGCCAGGCAGAGCCGGGACGGGUGGGAGGCGCAGCGGCGGCAGGCCCAGGAGGCGAGGAGGGCCCUGGGGGACGAGGCCAGGGAGAAGGAGACCCUGAGGCGCUCCAACGAGGAGCUGCGGGCGGCGCUGCGGCGAGCCGAGGGCCAGCGCAUCAGCCUGCAGCGUGCCAGCGAGGAGAAGGAGCAGCAGGUGGCGCUGCUGGAGGACGGGCGGCUGGCCGCGGACAGGGAGGUGGCAGAGCUGCGCAGCACCCUGCGGGAGGUGGAGCGUGCCAGGCUCGAUGCCCGCCGCGAGCUGCAGGAGCUGCGCCGCCAGGUGAAGGACCUGGACAGUGAGAACAGCAAGAGGAGCAAGGAGCUGGGGGAGCUGCAGGCCAGGGUGGCCCUGGAGGAGCAGCGCGAGGAGGAGAGCCGCAGGGAAGCCUUCGGCCUCAGGCAGAAGGUGGUGGAGAGCGAGGCCGGCGUGGAGGCUGCCAGGAAGGAGCUCCAGCGCCUGCAGCGGCGGCUGGCGGAGGCGGAGGGCGAGUUCCGGCAGCGGGAGAAGGACCUGGCCCGCAGCUUGGAGGAGGCUCGGGGCAACGAGAAGAAGCUGCUGGCCGACGCCCGCAACCUGCAGCUGAAGGUGGAGGCGGCGCGGGAGGAGGCGGCGGAGCUGAGCCUGCGGCUGAGCGCGGCCGAGGGCAGGGCGCAGGGGCUGGAGGCGGAGCUGGCCCGCGGCGAGGCGCUGCGCAGGGCGGCCGAGAGCCGCCUGGGGGGCAUCCAGUCCGCCCUGCGCCGCACCAUGGGCAUCGGCCGCCCGCGGGCAGCCUCCCCCGGCAAGGGGGGGGGCCCCGAGGGCUCGGGGAGCCCCAGCUCGGCCCCGGAGCCCGAGGCAGGCAGCGAGCCCGAGGCGGUGCGGGCAGCCCUGAGGGACUUCCUGCGUGAGCUGCAGGACGCCCAGCGGGAGCGGGAGGAGCUGCGGGUGCAGGUGGGCAGCCUGGGCCGGCGGCUGGCGGAGGUGGAGGAGGAGCGGGACAGUGCCAGCAGCCGGGCACAGCAGCUCCAGAAGCUGCUGGCUGACAGCGAGGAAGGGCCUGGCGGCGGGCAGCGGGGCAGCAGCCAGGCCACGCUGCUGCUGCAGGAGGAGAGGCUGCGGCGGGGCGAGCAGGAGCGCCGGGCGCUGCGGGACAAGGUGGCGGCGCUGGAACGGAGCCUGCAGCACGCUGAGGGCGAGAGGAGAGCUGCCCAGGAGAGGCUGAGCGCGGUGCGAGCCAGCGAGGCCGAGCUGGAGGCUGCCAAGCGGCGUCUGGAGGCGGCGGAGAGCCGCAGCUGCCGCCUGGAGCUGCAGCAGAGGGUGCUGGAGGGAGAGCUGCAGCGGGCACGGGCGGCGCUGGGCGAGCGGCAGGCGGAGGCGCGGGCGAUGCGAGACAGAGCUGAGCUGCUCCAGAAGCAGCUGAGCGCCAGCGAGCAGCGGGCCGGGGGCUUGCAGCUGGCGACGGAGCGGCUGAGCGCGGCGCUCGCCGGGAUCGGCUCCAGGGGCGAUGCUCCGAGCGCGGCGCUGGCCGGGAUCGGCUCCAGGGGGGAUGCUCCGAGCGCGGUGCUGGCCGGGGUCGGCUCCAGGGGCGAUGCUCCGAGCGCGGCGCUGGCCGGGAUCGGCUCCAGGGGCGAUGCUCCGAGCGCGGCGCUGGCCGGGAUCGGCUCCAGGGGGGAUGCUCCGAGCGCGGUGCUGGCCGGGGUCGGCUCCAGGGGCGAUGCUCCGAGCGCGGCGCUGGCCGGGAUCGGCUCCAGGGGCGAUGCUCCGAGCGCGGUGCUGGCCGGGGUCGGCUCCAGGGGGGAUGCUCCGAGCGCGGCGCUGGCCGGGAUCGGCUCCAGGGGCGAUGCUCCGAGCGCGGUGCUGGCCGGGGUCGGCUCCAGGGGCGAUGCUCCGAGCGCGGCGCUGGCCGGGAUCGGCUCCAGGGGCGAUGCUCCGAGCGCGGCGCUGGCCGGGAUCGGCUCCAGGGGCGAUGCUCCGAGCGCGGUGCUGGCCGGGGUCGGCUGCAGGGGCGAUGCUCCGAGCGCGGCGCUGGCCGGGGUCGGCUCCAGGGGCGAUGCUCCGAGCGCGGUGCUGGCCGGGAUCGGCUCCAGGGGCGAUGCUCCGAGCGCGGUGCUGGCCGGGGGUGGUUCCAAGGGCGAUGCUCCGAGCCCGGCGGUGCCGGCGGCCGAUGGCCACCAGCGGCUGUUGCAGCUCCAGAGCGCCCUGACCGCCGGCGAGCAAGACCGCCGUGCGCUGCAGGAGGGGCUGGACGUGGCCCGGCGGGCGCUGGCGGAGGCGCGGGAGGAGAAGGCAGCGCUGCGGGAGCAGCUGCAGGCGCUGCGGGGGGAGCAGGAGGCCCUGCAGCGCAGCAAGGACGAGCUGGAGGCGCAGGGUCGGCAGCAGAAGGAGGUGAGUGGGAACUUCUUCACUGUGAGGCUCCCAGAGCCCUGGAGCAGGCUGCCCAGAGAGGUUGUGGAGUCUCCUUCUCUGGAGCCUUUCCAGCCCCAUCUGGAAGUCUUCCUGUGUGCCCUGUGCUGGGUUCUGUGCUCCUGCUCUGGCAGGAGGGUUGGACUGGAUGAUCUCUGGAGGUCCCUUCCAACCGGCUUGCAGCAGCAGGUGCUGAGCCUGCAGCGGGCACUGGCGCGGGCGCAGGGCGAGCAGAGGGCAGCCCAGCGCCUGGCCCUGCGCCUGGAGAAGGACCACAGCGCCCUCAGGAGCACCCUGGGCAAGGUGGAGCAGGAGAAGCUGGGGACGCAGGAGGCCUCGCGGCAGCUCUCGGCCCAGCACCAGCAGCUCAGCCACUCGCUGGCCACUGCCCAGAGGGAGCUGGCCCAGGCACAGCACCGUGUCCAGCUGCUGCAGGCGCGGGUGGCGGCGCUGGAGCGGUCGGCGCCGCCGGGGCCCGGAGCCGGCCCGGAGCUGCCGCGGGAGCUGCAGCAGCUGCGCCUCGCCCAGCCCCCGGCCCAGCGCAGCCUGCAGGAGCGGAUCGCCCUGCUGAAGGGCUCGGAGCUUCACCCUCACCCCAGCAGCACCUAGAGAGCCUCUGCAGAGGGCAGCAGCAGCUCGGCCCGGG